AUCUCUACUUUGCUUCCUUUUUCCCUUUCGAAGGAAGCCUUGAGGAUGGCUGAUCCUUAUCCCACCGAUGGAGUGCAGCCAUACCACAACUUGUGGUACACUUUUUGGGAUGGCUUCUUGCAAUUCAACACUUGGUUAGCGAAAUGGGUGCUUGAGAAGCAAAAAGAUCUAAUUUUGCUAAAGGCUUUCAAGGGGUGGCAAUGUGGAGUGCCUUCGGCGCUUGGUGUGAACUUUCAUUCUUGCUUUCAAAGAAGUGACCGUGAUCUUAGAGGAUGUGGCAAACUUGAUGCUGUUGCCUAUUGUUGGGGACGAGGAUCCACGUCACUUAGCGUUGACAUUGGAGGAGCAUGCCACAUAGGGCAAAUAGUCCCAGAGGUUGAUGGACUUUUGGACGACUACAACAACUUUAAUUUUCAUGCAUACAAGGUAAUGGCAAGGACAUUUGCUCCACCCGAAGUGAGCCUCUUUGACAAGACACUCCUAGCGGUGCUUGGGAGCCAAAUUAUGGAUUCUACUACAAGAGAUUCCAAUCUUCUAGAAAUGCUGGUAGUGAUUACGCCAUCCAUGCUGCCGUGCAUUACAUGGCGGGGGACAUGGAGUUUGAAAUGCUAUUGCUCGAAAAGAGUUGCGAGGCAAUUUGGUUAUGAUAAGGAUAUUCCUCCUACUUCUUCCUUGGAUAAUAUAGAUUGGAAUAAGGUCAUGCAACCUUACAUUGAUGAGGCUGCCACAACCAUGUGGAGUGAAGGCGUUGCCACACUCAGGUUCUUCAGCACUGCCAAGAUAUCGACCAUGUCGCCGUUAAUGUUGGAGUAUUGGGGCACAUUGCUAAAGAGGUUUGAGGCUUUUAUUCAAUCAUUGCAGAAAGUUGUGGAGUACGAUCCUGCUUCCUGAGAUUGCGAACGUCUCUUCACCCAUAAUAAUUCUUUCUUGAGCUAUUGUAACAAAUAUUCUUGGGGUUUCUUGACGAGAAUUUGGUGUCGAUGAUCAUGAUAUGGAUGUGUUUGAUAAUUUAAAUGUUUUUUUUUUUGUUUUUGGUUAAUAAGGGGAAAGUUGAUAG